UAGGAAAAAAUUUCCGUUUGUGAGGGAGAAAAGAAAACCGUAAAUUCAGAAGGGACAGGACAGCAUCGUACUCGUACGCUCGUUGUUUUGUCGACCUCUUCAUCCACGGGACGCUCAUUUUGCAGAACAUAUUCGUCACCCAUUGCACCACCAACGCAACUCUUAGCUUCUUCACGUGCACCCCUCACCUCUAAUUUGGUUACUUUUUGCCUUUGCUUUGGGUUGCUAUAACUUGCUUUAGGUUGUUAGGGUUCUUGAAUUGAUGCCAUGUUUUCAAUUCAGAUCUCUAGUCAUUUCUUCUGCUUCCAUCUUAUGGAUACUUCCUCUUAGACAUACUUCUGAAUGUCUCUGAAGAUAUUGAGAAUAAACUCUAGUCAUAUAUUGUUUGUUUAAGAUGCCUUCAGGUUCAAAUUCAGAGUCAGCAAAAAUUGGCUCUGCUAUGAAUCAGAAUGUAUUCUCUUCUUCUGACAGCCAUGAAAGGACUUUGAAACCUGAGGAGAAUAAAGAGGAAGGGGAGGAAGGGGAGGAGGAAGAGGAUGAAGAUGCAGAUUUUAACCCUUUUCUAAAGGAAACUCCUUCGCAAGAAGCAUCUUCAAGUUUGAGCUCUGAAGUUGAUGGUUUGGAUGGUAAUGUUGUCAAUAGUGGACCAUCUGCGGAUUCAGAGUUACCAAAACUAACUACCAAGGAGCAUAUCUGUACUGUUGUAGAUACUGAACACAGUGAGGAGGAAAUUAUUUUACAAUCAUCAAGUAUGAUUUCUCAAUCAGAAGCUAAUCAAGAGAGGCACAGUGACCAAACCAGUGUGACUGAUGGUAAUGGUUCUAGAACAGGAGAACUAAGUAACAAAAGAUCUCGAAGUCCAGUAAUAGACAUAGAUAAUGAGGAUGCUAUCUGUAUGCGCACUAGAGCUCGUUAUUCACUUGCAAGUUUUACUCUUGAUGAGCUUGAGACUUUUCUUCAAGAGACUGAUGAUGAUGAUGAUCUUCAAAAUGCUGAUGAUGAAGAAGAGUAUAGAAAAUUUUUAGCAGCUGUAUUACAGGGUGGGGAUGGUGAUGGUCCUUCAACACAUGAAAAUGGGAAUCUUGAUGACGAAGAUGAGGAUAACGAUGCAGACUUCGAGAUAGAGCUAGAAGAAUUACUGGAAAGUGAUGCUGAUGAUGGUGCAGCUGUAAAAUCCCGAAAAGAGUAUGAUGGAGCUGGACGACGACCUGAGACUAGGCAAAAUAAGCGCCAAAAGACCUCUGCUCAAUGUGAGAAGAAAACAUUAGGAGAAGUCAAGAGGCCACUGCGCCCCAUUUUGCCUAAUUGGCUUAAUGGACCCCUAGCUUCAGGGAAAGGUUUGAUUCCUGAGGGUACUCUGGGCUUUCAGUCUUCUGCUUCCGGAAAUGGUCUUGUCAAUGGCUUUACUCCCGAACAAAUUGGUCAAUUGCAUUGUUUGAUACAUGAGCAUGUGCAACUUCUUAUUCAGGUAUUUUCUCUGUUGGUUCUUGAACCCUCCCAAAACCAGGUUGCUUCUCAGGUUCAAGGUUUGCUUUCUGAGAUGCUUCACAAACGUGAUGAAGUAUUAGCUUUGAAAAGAGCACCAUAUCCUAGUGUUUGCUUUACCCCAUCUUUUGCUUGCACAUCUAUGUCCAAUGGAAUCUCCAAAUUCGUCCCAGGCCAGUGCAACAUGGAAUAUACUUCUCCACAAGAUGCACAUAACGGAAGCUUUUCUCAAUCCAAUCAGAAUACUUCUGAAGGUUUGAACAGGCAAAGAAGUUGUUUGCAAGAUACUGAGGGUUCUUUCUGGGUUCCUUUUGUAAGAGGCCCUGUACAAUCUAUUUUGGAUGUUUCUCCUCUUAAUUUAGUCAGAAGAUAUGUAGACGACAUUUAUUCUGCUGCCCAAGAGUUUCGAAGGAGAUACAUUGAGUCUGGUUGUGAUUCCCGUGUUGAAAUGGAACCUCUCUUUCCGUUUUCUUCAACAAUUGCUGAACCUAACAAUGAAAUUUCAAGUGGAACCAUCUCUGGAGUAGUAAAUGCAGUCACAAAUUCACCUGGUCAACAACAACCUAAGAAAACAUUGGCUGCCAUGCUUGUUGAAAGUACAAAGAAGCAGUCAAUUGCUUUGGUACCGAAGGAAGUGGCAAAGUUGGCUCAAAGAUUUAUGUCCAUGUUCAAUCCGGCACUCUUCCCACAUAAGCCACCCCCGGCAGCAGUUGUAAAUAGGGUACUUUUCACUGAUUCAGAGGAUGAAUUACUAGCCCUAGGGAUAAUGGAAUAUAACACAGAUUGGAAAGCAAUUCAACAACGUUUUCUUCCCUGCAAGUCUACGCAUCAGAUUUUUGUCAGGCAGAAAAACCGUUGUUCUUCAAAAGCAUUAGAGAAUCCAAUAAAGGCAGUUCGAAGAAUGAAAACCUCCCCAUUGACUGCAGAGGAGAUGGCAUGCAUUCAAGAGGGACUUAAGAUUUAUAAAUUCGAUUGGAUGUCAGUAUGGCAAUAUAUUGUGCCACAUAGAGAUCCAUCCUUGCUUCCACGACAGUGGCGCAUUGCUCUUGGGACUCAAAAGUCAUACAAAGUAGAUGCAUCAAAAAGGGAGAAGCGAAGAUUGUAUGAGUCAAAAAGAAGAAAGCUGAAGGCUGCUGCAUUAGAGAGUUGGCAAGCAAUAUCUGAUAAAGAGGAUUGUGAUGCUGAAAUUGCUGGUUCAGAGUGCAUGGAUUAUUCAGAUGUUCCGUAUGUCCACCAGGCAUUUCUGGCUGACUGGAGGCCAGAUGCAUCUACUGUUACUUAUUCAGAUCGCAUUUCCAUUGCAUCUGGAGAAGGAAACCUUGCUCAUGAUGCAAUUUCUCAAGAUAGUCAAUUUUAUAGAGGUAUUCAUGAUUAUGGCUUAAGUGGAAAAGUUCCACAUCAAAACAGUAAUCGGUCAGCAUUUCCGUCUAUAUCUAAGAUUCCCCAGUUUUUUCAUGCUACGUCUGAUUUGAGGAAUGGCAUUAAAGGUGCUAGUAGUACCAUCAAUCCUAUGAAACCAGUUUUUGAGGUGACCUCUAGCUCCAAAUACUAUUGUCGGCCCUAUAGGUCUCGGAAGGUACAUAAUGCUCACUUGGUGAAAUUAGCACCAGAUUUGCCCCCGGUAAAUCUCCCUCCAUCUGUUCGUGUAGUUUCUCAAACUGAUUUUAAAGGGUUUCCGUGUGGAACAUCUAAGAUUUAUCCUCCUGGAGGUGUGGUAGCUGCUAGUACAAAAGAUAAUUCUGCUUCUCAAGUUCCUCAUGGUGGCAAAAAAUUUGAAAGUAUUCGUCCUGUUGAAGGUGCAAGACCAGGACAGACAGACAGAGUCCCAGAUUCUCAAUUAGAGAGAUCUGGAACCGUUGAAGGCAGAUCUAUUGUGGCAGAAAAAGGCACUUGUACUGAUCUUCAGAUGCAUCCUCUCUUGUUCCAGGUCAAUGAGGAUGGCAAUGUGCCUUAUUAUCCAUUGAAAUUUAGUUCUGGAACUUCUAGUUCCUUUGCCUUCUUUUCUGGAAGCCAACCACAAUUAAAUCUGAGUCUCUUCCAUAGCUCACAACAACAAAGCCACAUUGAUUAUGCUAAUAAGUCCUUGAAGUCAAAGGAUUUCACUUUAAGGUCAGGAGGCAUUGAUUUUCAUCCACUUCUGCAGAAAUCUAAUGAUACACGAUCAAAAACCAGUUUUGAUGCCAUUCAGCCUGAGUCACCGGUUAAUAGUGGUGUGCCAGCUAUAGCCCAUAGACCAUCUGGCUUUAAUGAAAAAUCCAAUGAACUUGACUUGGAGAUUCACUUAAGUUCUGGGUCUGGAAGGGAGAGUUCUGUGAAAAAUAGACAGCUAAAGGCACAUGAUCCAAUAGGUUCCAAGAAAAUUGUUGCAAUUAGUGGAACAACGAUGAAACCUCAAGAGAAUAGCAUUGCCUAUUGUCAGCAGGGUGGUGAAAAUCUUUCUGCUAGCAGCCAUGAGCUUGCUUCAGGUGCUCCUUUGGCUGUUCCUGAUGAUAACAUCACCAGAUAUGAGGUAGAUGAUAUUGGUGAUCAGUCUCAUCCUGAGAUAGUGAUGGAACAGGAAGAGUUAAGUGAUUCUGAGGAAGAUAUUGAAGAAGAGCAUGUAGAGUUUGAGUGUGAAGAGAUGGCCGAUUCUGAAGGAGAGGAUGGUUCUGGCUGUGAACAAGCUCUUGAGGUUCAAAAUAAGGAGGUCCCAAAUUCUUCAGAAGAAGAUAUUGUGAAGUACAUGGCGGGUAGCAAAAACCCAUUUGAACCAAGGUCCAAUUCUGAUACUCAAGUUGAUGAUGGCCUCCUUCCAAAUAAUACUACGCUAAAUAUGGCCUUCACCUGUGAGGGACAGGAUGACAGAAGUAGUUCCUCAUGGUUAAGUUUAGACUCGUGUACAGCAGAUAAUCAUGUACUCUCAAAGGCUGUGCUUCAACAGAGCAAGGUUGGUGAAGCUCCUGCUUCCAGAAAAAUUUCAAUUGGUAAAGCAGUCACAGAGGAGAGACAUACCACAGAUGUGGUACAACAAUCAAGUCUAGGUUGUCAUGGGUCUACCACACCACGAAAACCCAGGAAGCAUUUUGGCAAAUCAAAUGCAAAUUUAAAUAUAGGAUUGACUGUUGAAAGAUCAAGCCAUGAUGGUAAUCAUGAAGACGGUUGAUUGAAGUAUUCUGGCUAAUGGAGUGCAAAUGGGAUUGGCUGUUCAAAGAUCUGGCCGUGAUGGUAAUCAUAAAGAGAGUUGAUUUAAGUGUUCUGGCAAAUGGAACUGUUAAAAGUUCAACCAUGAUGGCAAUGAUGAACAUGGUUGAUUGAUUCACCAUCUGGACUAACCAAAGAUGGAAAAUGACGAUGGGUUUGGCAUCUAAUAUUGUUUCCAAAUGUUGAGUGGCAGUUAAUCAAAGCUUAGGUGCUACAGGAGAAGGAAAAUUGACAGUCCCUUUAUCCCCCCUUCUCCCAAAUCUUUUAACGGGGCUCACUUUCUUGGUGCUUCACUAAGAAUUGAGACUUCAGAUUUGUACAAUUACUGGCAAAGGUUGAAGUGAUAUUUUGUCUUUGUAAAUAUUUUGUGAGAGGUCAUGGGCAAAAUUAGUCUGAUUCGCUCAAGUUCAGUGAAUAUAUCAUGUACAAAUUUUUUUAUACUGCGGGACAUCCGUUGGCUCCUUGUUCAUGGUGAAACUGAUGAAUUGUAUAGAACUUUAUGGUUCACUAAUUCUUAUAUCCCAAGAAGUUAUUCAAAAAAGUGCGAAGAACACUUGGGCUAGUCAU